CCUUAUUCAUCAGGAAGAAAGUAAAAAGGCGAUCGCUAAUUAAAAGUUAAUGAUUCCAAUCUCAAUCACAUAGUUUGGGCCGGUACAAACCGAAUCACCUGACGAACAGAAGAGGCAUGCUAUAGCUACUCUCCCUAACGAUCUCACCACACCGAUGAACCAUCUAAACCCCUUUAGCGAGUCGCAUCGCAAAAAUCCAAAUCAUCCGCAGCGAGGUCCGCCGCAUUGCUCGCAUUGAGAUCUACCGGAGAUAUGGUAAUAAAUUAGUGGAAUUGCGCGCACCAAGAUAGGCUGUUAAGAUUGUCUACCGUCGUCGUCGCUCGAUUGCAGCAUUCCCGGGGUGUCAAUGUAAUGUAUGACGUUCAUCGUUGCUACCUCUGAGCUUCGCACUUGGAGAUAGAUCUCGCUUUGCGUGAAGCAUAAAUCAGCUAAUCGGUGCUGCACAGAUCGUCAAAUCCGGAUCAAAACAUCCCGCGUGUACUCAUUUAGGUCGUUCAUUAUCACCUCCCGGUUUGGGAAACAUUCAACGUCAGAAAUUCGACGCAGCAUCUGCUGGUUUCGAUGAUCUCGCGGACUCUAAUUAAAUUAGAGACAAUCCAUCGAUCCCGUUAGUUCCCAAUUGUGUUUCACCGUUCGUUGCCGUAAUGGGAACCAUUUCCAGUUCGCUUUGAGACAUCACCGUGGAACGUUCUGUCCACCAUUAUCAUCAAUCGAAACGGAACUCCGGGCAACGAAAUGAAGACAUUAGGAAGAUUGUGGGUCAUCACGUUGAUAAUCGUGGCCAUGAUCGCAAACGAUUCCAUCGGAUUGAGCCAUAACGAUACCGCCACGGAGAUGAUGUCCAGUGAGUCGGAUCUUCAUCAACGAUCCAAACGGUCGCUAAUGUUCCCCUACAAUGCUGCCCAGGGUAUCAUUGUGGCGAUCGCACUUCCGCUUGGCAUCCCAGACAGGAACAUCUUCUUGUCCUACAAUUUCGAAGGAAACUACAACAACCCAAUUCAAUCCAACGUUUUCACCGAGGGAUUCUUCAACGUGAUCAUCGGAGAUCUGGGAAUACCGCUCAAUUCCCCAGCAAUCUUCAUCCAUCGUUCCUUGGAUGGUGACUCGGAAGUGGUCGAAACUCCUACGACCACCGAGCAAAUCGAAGGCGAAACCAUUUCAAGUCAACCGACGCAACAUCCGGAAGAGCUGAUUAACGCGUUUGCUAACCGUUCGCCGAAUUUCACUCGCAAGAAAGCUUAUCGGGCGAUUGAACGUCAUUUGAAAAGAACCGGUCUGGAUGGUAAAAAGUGUCUCCUAAGGGCUAUUUGUGAAGCGGCCGAAAUGCCAUUGGGAGAGCACAAUGGCAUUAUUGGUGAUGUUAUGCACAUUCUGUUGAGUCCAUCCUCCUCGGCUGACGAGGGUCUACCACCAGAGUUCUACAAGGCGGAGCAGCUCGGCGAACAGGGUCAAUGUCAGAAAUAUCGCAAGCGAUGCGAUAAGAGCGUCUUGGAUGAGAUAAGUUUUAUGUUGUAGACUAUCGGCAAAAUAAAAAGACAUG